AUGCCUGGCUAUGGAGUGGCUAUUUACCCAAAUAGUAUGGGUGGGUUCCGAGGUGGAAUGGGAUACAGCGGUCAUCCCUAUGGUCCACAAGCCUUCAGAGGAGGAAUGGGACCUGGUGUUAUGCCCUACGGUGGUUAUAUGCCUUUGGCCCCACGAGGAAUGCCUAUGCAGGGCGGAUUAGAGAAAUCUCCAUUCAGCGGUCCUAUUGGCCCCGUACCCUUUGCUGGUACAGGUUUCCAUGGUUUGGGUGCUGGUCAUCCCUUUGAUCGAUGCAAUGGCGGUAACUGUGGCUAUUGGGGUGGCUGCCAUGGCGGACACUGUGGAGAAUUUUACGACUUUCGACCAUGCCACACACCGGAAUGCUUUGAUGGUCCAAUCCACGGAUUUGAUUGCAUGGACGGAUCUUGUGGACGUGUUUGCAAUGGCCAUACUUGCCAAGAUUUUGGUAAACAGUCAUGUUCUGAUAAGAGCUCCUCCGAAACCGAGGAUAAGGAAUCUGCCAAAAAGGAGGCUUAG